AUGGAUUGUGCUCAGUUGAAAUCUAUCGUUUCCCUUGUGGAUUCUCUUGUACGUAACACGCAUGUCAGAAGGUCACAUAUGCUGCCAUCAAAUCAAGUUUCUGUAGGUGAACCAUCCUUGGCUCCAGUCUCCAGCAAGUCUCUAACGGACUUUUCCAUCUGCAGUAUCCUGGGUCUAGAACGUGAAAUCACCCAAUCUCCCUCAAGUUCCGGUAAGUUAAGAGUUCCAUCUUCAGAUCCCUCUCGAGCCCUUAGUUGAGGGCAUCAUUUGGCAGUUUUGAUUACCGCAAUAACCAUUAGAAAUCAAUUUUUAUCCUCUUUCCCUUCUACUAUUUUAUUCCAUCUCGGAAAAAGAAAAAGAAGAAUACUCAACUUGAGACAGGAGAUUUCUAUUGUUAGAACUGGCCAACAGAGCGGUAUUAUGAAAAAACUUAUCUAUCUAAACCAAAAAUUGUCCGUAGGAAUAAACUGAUUAUGGUAUGUUGACUAAUUGUAUUUAAGGGAGAUAAAGAGGAAACUGUAGGUGACAUUUGAAAAACUAAAAUUCAAUUCAUUUUUAAUGUACAGAAUGCAACAAUGAUACCAGUCCGCCGUUAUCGCCUUACUCCGACUGCGCAAGUCCGCGUUGCAGCGACAGAGCAACCAGUCCACCGUUAACUCCUUACUCUGACAUCACAAGUUCCAGCAGCGAUUGUGACAGUGAGCCCGAUCAAGCUUCGACUCCAACCGAACAUUCAACGAAGAAGCGGCAGCGCACGACCUUCUCACCUAUCGAACUUGUAGAGCUGGAAUUAGCAUUCAGACGGCGGCCAUAUUUGCUAAAGGAAGACGAGGAGGAACUGGUACAAAGACUCGGAAUCACGGCUAAAAGUCUCAAGGUGAGUUUCUAUCUUUCAUGUUUCGUAUCAUGUACCGUAAAUUUCAGGAAUCAAUGAGCAUUUGUAACCUAAAAGGAAUGGAAUUUCAGUUUGGUUUUGUUCUAAUCAUUUUCAGUGUUGCCGGGAAGUAUUAAGAUGUAAAUGUUGAUCGAUUCAAAGCUCGAAUUGCGAUGUGAUUUUUUCGGACAGUAUAAUUGCAUGUAGUGUUGCAAAGUUUUACUUCGUGUUAGUCCUCGUUAUUUUCCAAGUCAUUUACUUUUUAGCAGUCUUGUAGUUCUUUUAGUGAUUAAAUGUAAAACUCUUAAGGCGAUUUAAACACUAUUUUGAUGUCAGAAAAUGCUUUGGAAUUCUUUCAAAUCAGUAUUAUGGGUUCUGUUUGUUGUGUGAAAUUUCGCUGUUAUUGCCCUAAUUUAACUAAUAACUAAGUUUUGUUUUCUCUUUCUUGUAGUAUUGGUUUCAAAACCGACGAGCCAAAUCAAGGAAACUGGAGAGAAAGAUGUCAUUUGUUUGUCAGACCAGCCCGUCAAACCAGUUUGUUAGCCAUUCAGAUCAUUGGAAACAAGGCGAAAGAGCGUCCUGUCCAGCGAUGGAAAGCUACUUUAGAGAUAUAAACCAGAGAACAGUUGUCAGUCGUCAACUCUCAGUCAAGUCAAACCGUGUGCCCAAGUUCCACCUUGACCAGUUCACAAUCAGAUCUGUUGAGCCCGCAAGACUACCGUACAGCCGUGCCCUCUACAGAUAUCAACCAUACUAA